AUGAAUACUCACAGUCAUUACUACAACGAUGUAUAUACUCCCCACAUGUGCCUGAACACACACAUGUACAACAAACAAACUGACCUAAGAGAAAGCGGAAGAGCGGUGCUCUCCUGUGUGCAGGGUCUGAGGCCUCCCCUGGCACAGCCCCGCCCAGCCCCGAGGCCUACCCUUAGGGACCCUGCCUUCCCUGCUCCUGCCGCGCGCCUCCCUGAAGGUGACCUUCUGCAACUGACGCCUGAGGCCGUUAGAGGGCGGCAGUUCGCGCGCCCCAGAGCCCUGUCCCGGGAGGUUGUGCGCAUGCGUGAGCUCCUAAUGACACUUCUUGUGCCAAGCACUGGGGAUUCUGGCCCCCGUGGGGCCACGCCUGCAAAGGUCAUUGUUCAAGUGAGGACAGAAGGGAGUUCAGCAGAGCUCCCUGGAAUUCAGACCUUUGUCAUGGGGCAGACCCCACUUAAUUGGAGUGCCUCAGGGGCUCCCAGUGGGGUAGUUGAGCAUGCCCCACCCCCUUUUGGGGAAGCCUCUGCUGUGAUCCCUGCCACUUCUGUUGUGGCUACUCAGGCUUGUAGGGGAGUUUGGUCCCCAGCUCUUUCUCUUCAAGCUCCACCACCAGCUGCCCAGCUGGCUUCCAUUUUCCCCCAAGUGAAGGCUUGCUCAGGCCAACAUGUUUCUUCUGGGGAGAAAAGCCUGGCCGUCACACAAUCCAGGCCUUCGCUGGAUGACUCCUCCUGUAAUCCCCAGAGUGUUUACCAGAACUACCGACGUUGGCAAUGUUUCAAGUCUCUGGCCCGGAGGCACCGUCCCCAAAGCCCUGAUACAGAAGCUCUUUCCUGCUUUCUCAUCCCAGUUCUGCGAUCCCUGGCUAGACUGAAGCCCACCAUGACCCUGGAGGAGGGACUCUGGCGGUCUGUACAGGAAUGGCAGCGCAAAAGCAAUUUUGACCGAAUGAUCUUCUAUGAGAUGGCAGAAAAGUUCAUGGAGUUUGAGGCAGAGGAGGAGUUACAGAUUCAGAUGUUGCAGCAGAGGAAUGCAUCUGUCUGCCUGCUUCCUCCGGCUCCACGCAAUGUUGAUCCUCACGGGCCUUCAUCCACUGUGGCUGCCCAGCGUCCAGUGUUCAUUCCAAAGAAGGGAGUUUCCAUGGCACAGCCCCCUAAGCAACAUCGACACAGAACCGAGCACCCUUGGGAGCCCAAGUGGUCCCAUGAAAUCCCUCCCGAAGCUGUCAAAGAGUAUGUUGAGAUCAUGGAAGAUCUCCUUGGAACUGCCCAUUCAGCCACUGUGGAGCCAGAUGGAAAAUAUAAAGAAGAAGAAAAUGAGCAACAACAGGAAGAGGAUGAGCUGUAUCCAGACCCGGGACUCCUGAGCUACAUUGACAAGCUGUGUGCACAGGAAGGAUUUAUCACCAAGGUGGAAGCAGUUAUUCACCCUCAGUUCCUGGAAAUGUUACUAUCACCAGAAUCACAGGUAGAUCCCCUGUCCUUAAGGCAGGAGCUGGAGGAAGAGGAAGGACUCACUCUCACUCAGCUGGUAGAGAAGCGACUGCUGGAAUUGAAAGGAAACGUGGGUGUGGAGGCAUCCCCAACUUCUGGUGUGCUAACCAGGGAGUCACCUGGUACAGAGUCUGGGAGCAGUCAAGAUGCAGGGAGCACAGAUAACCACAACAGCCAACUACAGACGAGCAAGAAAAUGAGCACAAAAAAGUUGGAUGCAGAUGACCUGCCAAAAGAUGGCAGCGGGUACAGUCAUCUGUCUACGUCAAAAGAACUUGCUCUCUUUACAUGGAGUCCCAUUUCACAGGAACUUAAGUCUGAACAAUCAACUUCUCCUCAACGGUGUCCUAGUCGCACCUACCCUAGAUUGGGAAACAGAGGAACCUUAAUGUCCUUAGAAGCCUCUCCUAUUAGUGAAACACCUGGGAAAGGACAAGGGUCCAGUGAAGAAGAAAAGGAAGAGGAGGAACUCCCCAGCCUUGACUUCCUCUUGGCAUCUCAAGAAAGCCUACUGCCCUGGAGUCUUUCCAAGAGUCCUCUGCCUGCCUCCAGCAUUCUGCACCAUGGAAUUCCGGGUACCUGGGGAGCAUCUCAGCUCCGAUUUCCGGAGACAGUGAGUCUUAGCCAACCUGGACAUACAGCUGCCAAGUGUAAGAUCCCAGCUCAAGUCAGAACUCCAUUACUUGCUGCAAAGCGGCCCUACUCAGGAGCUGACCUUGGAGUCUCUGGGAGGCAAUCCUCGACUGUGGGAGAGGUCCAACCCUCACUGCCUCUAAAAAGAAAGUGUGACCCUUCCACACAUGGAAAAAGGAAGAAGCAUCUUCUUAGCCAGUAG